AUGUCGUUUACAACAGCCAUCAAGUCUAGCCUCGAAGGCCCCUCUCCCGCGUUUGGAUUCUGGCUCACACUUCCCAGUGCAGGUGUUGCGAAGACUAUCCUGCAUGGAGCUUCGGGAUGUUCCACGAAGUUCAGCUGGGUUUUGGUUGAUGCUGAGCAUGGAUUGAUUUCUGACCACCACUACUACGAGCUUAACAAUGCCAUUGGCUCCGAAGGUGCUAGCCCCAUUAUCCGCGUGCCCUACGCAGAGGAAUGGAUGAUCAAGCGGGCCCUAGACGCCGGCGCCCACGGCAUCAUGACACCCAUGUGCCACUCGGAGGUUGACGCCGCCAAUAUCGUCAAGUACACUAAGUACCCUCCUCUUGGCACACGAGGCUACGGACCCAUGUUCGCCCCACACUCUAUCCCCGGCUUGAACCCUCCCGACUAUGAUAAUGCUGCCAAUGAUGGAGUCACCGUGGCUGUCCAGAUCGAGUCACGGUCUGGUGUUGAAAAUGUGGAGAAGAUCGCUGCCGUCCCGGGUAUCGACGUCCUCUUCAUUGGACCCUUUGAUCUCGCUAAACAGAUGGGUGUGACUCGUUGUGGUGAGGAACAUGAGGCUGCUAUUCAGCGGAUUUUGGCUGCUGCUCAUGCCUCUGGAAAGAAGGCUGCUAUCUUCUGCACUGAUGGCAAUGAUGCGCGGGCUCGUGCGCAGCAGGGCUUUGAUAUGAUUUCCGUUAUCACAGAUGUUGGUGUGUUCCGCACUGGAAUGCUGAAUGAGUUAAAAACCGCCAAUGGCGAGAAUGUCACGGCCGGUGCUCGGGAAGGUUACUAA